CCCACAACCUGGUAAAAACACAGUUUAUGAUUGGACAAUAACGAGUCACGUGUGUGUUACUUUGCUGCAGACAUGGCUGCCUCUCUGGAGGGGAGUCAGGCAGGUCAUCUGGAUUGUAUUCUGGAGCCUCUGUCCUUUCCUGAGCAGCUCGCCUCCAGCUCUUACGACGCUAAUAAAAUGGUCACCUGUUUAAUUUGCUCAGAGUCUUCACCAUUAUCAGAGAAGAAUGCACUUCUUAAACAUCUCGUCCUCGAACAUAAAGUUGUAAUAGCUGAUGUUAGACUCAUUGCAGACUUCUCACGCUAUAUGCUUUACUGGAGGAAACGAUUUUCAGAGAGUCCCAUUACAGAUUUUUGUAGUGUGAUCAAGACCAAUUCCACGGGUCCUGUAGACCAACAGGAAGAAUACUACCUCCUUUGUGAUGCUCUGCCAGAGGAUAGAAUUCUCAGGGAGCAGCUUCAGCAAAGACGGCUGGAGGAGGUGCUUGAACAGCAGCAGAAGGAAAGAGAUGAUUGUAACUUUCAUCGUGUCUGCAUGUUCUGCAGUGAAGAAUUCACAGGAAAUAGGUCCACUCUGCUCAACCACAUGGCCAAAGAGCACUCUUUCAGUGUGGGCUUGCCUGACAACAUUGUGUACUGCACAGAGCUCCUUGACACGUUGGAAAGGAAACUUGACAAUUUGCAGUGUCUGUACUGUGAGAAAACCUUUCGAGACAAGACCACCUUGAAAGACCACAUGAGGAAGAAACAACACCGUAGGAUUAGUGCAAGCAAUAACGACUACGACCGAUUCUACAUCAUCAAUUACCUGGAACUUGGAAAAACAUGGGAGGAAGUACAGUCUGAAGAUGACCGUGAAAUCUUAGCAGAAAAUGACGAUGACUGGUCGGACUGGCAGGCUCAUCCAGUUUGUGCCGUGUGUCUAUUCUGUGAGCAGCAGUCAGAAACCAUGGAGAAGACCUACACACACAUGCAGGAAGCACAUGGAUUCAAUCUGCAUCAACUUAAAAUGCAACUCAAUUUGACAUUUUACCAGCAGGUAAAACUGGUCAACUUCAUCCGCCGUGAAAUCCAUCAGUGCCGAUGCUAUGCCUGUCAGGAGAAAUGUAGCUCCAAAGCUGAUGUUCUUCUCCACAUAGCAGAUGCUGGUCAUAUCAUGGCCCUCCCAGAGAGGUCCACUUGGGAUCAACCUCAGUAUUACUUCCCCACCUAUGAGAAUGAUGCUCUUCUCUGUGCCUUAACCGACAGUGAUGAUGAAUCGGAGGAAGCAGAUCAUAGAGGGGGCAUCCCGGUUAUAGCUGAAGAUAUUUCCAACUUGGAGACCUUGAAACAAAGCAGUGUGCUGAAACACUUGCUGAAAGAUAGGAAUGGUCCCUGUUAGGCCUUAGGCCACUGACCUGGUCUCAAAAGAGGGCUCUACCUCUUAAAAUCUGUUUCAUAUGUUCUAUUGUAUUUUUG